AUGGCUGAGCGCAUAACUCAGCUAGAGCAAGCAGCAGGCUUGUCACAGCCAGCUGAGACUCGUCAGAUCACACCGAGCUCAUCGAUAUCUCACUCGGCAGUGCCGUCCAUCAGCCAUGAUAUCAGUUCUUUGCGGUCACCUGUCGACACAAUCAACUCCACAAGUCACAGAGAUACUCCUCAGUAUACCUCAACAUCGGCGCUUGAAGAUCCUGUGGUAGCCGAGCAAGAUGAACGCAUUGCUGAGGCAACGGUUACUGAUCAGGUCAUGCCCUCGAUGAACCAAGACCAGCUAGAGUACUGGGAGAAUGCAGCAUCUAAAACUUGCUCCGCCAUACUUCGUCUGCCAACCGAGAAAGUCGAACACUUACUUAAGACUCAUUUCAACUGGAUUCAUCCAAUGUUCCUCUUCGUGCCAAGGGUACCGUUCAUGCGCGACGCAGCAUCGGGCGGCCGCUUCUUCUCCGAACUUCUGCUGUGCGUCAUAUGUCUCCACGCAACCCGUUUCACCGACCACUCGCUCAGCAAGGAGUUGCUUGGACGAGUGCGGCUCCUGCUGGGCCAUGAGAUUCAUCGAGCGCCUUCAGUCCCAACUGUGCAAGCACUCCUUCAGCUUUCCGCCCGCGAAAUGGGCAAAGGCUUGGUGUCGAGAGCAUGGCUGUACAGUGGGAUGGGCUUCAGGAUGGGUGUCGACCUGGGAAUCUUCACCAGAAGUCGGGCACGGGACGUGGCCCUUGACCCCGAACUCGAGAGGGUCCGGCAGCAGAUUGCGUGGAGCAGUUAUGUCUGGGACAGAAUCAUCAGUCUGUAUCUCGGUCGCUUACCUACCAUUCCCGAUGUCCCAGAAUUCGAUCCUCCCAUCAUGGACGAUAUCUCUGAAGACUCAAUGUGGCUUCCUUAUGCGGAGGAGGCCAGAGGCUGGAACCCAUUGCCAGCUCGCAUUUUUUCGACAUUCGCAAACUUCUGUAAGCUUGUGAUCAUCAUCUCUGAUAUCUUGACGACAGUGUACGCCAGGGAUAGACCAUCGCAGAUCAUGGACUUCGUGCACGCAACGAGAGCCAGAUUAGAACAAUGGCGCGCUGAAUCACCUGCUUACCUCCAUGUCGAUGCCUCUGCUGAGAGCUGUCCGCCGCCUCACAUACUCGCUCAAAGCACCUUAUAUUAUACCUCGAGAAUUCUGCUGCAUCGACCGUUUCGGCAUGAUCCGCAAUGCCAGACCAUCUGUCGAGAAGCGGCGCAAGAAGUCGAGGAUCUGAUCUUGCUGCUUGAGAAGAGCUUCGGCCUCUCGCAUUGCACCUAUCUGAUGAGCUACUCAGCAUAUACCGCCGCCACUGUUGCCCUUCAGGAUUUGCAUGAUGGCUUAGAUGGCGCACAAGCGAAGAUCAACACCUGCUUGCGAGCACUCUAUGCUGUUAGGUCGAGCUGUCCAGGUAUCCAGACCAGCAUCAACAUCGUGAUUCGCAACCUAGAUCGGCGGCCAGUCGCACCCAAGCCGCAAGUCGAGCAGCAGCAGCAGCAGUUCUCCUCAGCCAUCGACACUGGACCAACUUACACAUUUGAUGGUGGUUGGGAUGAGCUGAACCCGAGUGUGGGCGACUUCAGUACUCUGGCGUUCAAUGGCCUGGACAACUUCGCGUAUGGCUUCGCGGCAGACUUGGACGAUAACUACUUGAACGCAUUCUGA